AUGACUAUCCUUUGCUGUGAAAGGACAAUUAAACUAUGGAAACCGGCAAUCCACGAAAAUGGUUUUGAAAAAAAUCGACACGGUGUCAUCAUUGUAAUUGCCGUGUGGUUAGUGUGUGUCGGUGUAUCCGCACUUCCGCUGACCGGUUACGGAGAGGCAGACUACAUCCCGCUCCAACAACGAUGUGUUAUCCACGACGAUAACCAUAUCCACAUGCACCUACUCUUUGUGUUUGGAAUAUACAUCCCGUCUACCAUUGUAUGCCUUUGUGGAAUUUUCACAUAUACUCGCAAGCGACAAAUUGUUUUGUCCUUGUCAAAAUUGAAUAAACAAGUCGAAAAUAUCAAUAUGAAACUGACCAAGACAGCAGAUGAAAAUUCAGCUGCAUCAUCACCUAAACGGCAUUCUUCUGAACGAAAUGAUUUAAGUGUGAGCGAAAUAAUUGAGGGGUCCACACAGGGUAUUUCCCAUACUGCUACAGAAUCGGUACUAAUUCAAGAGGGUAAAUCCGUAACAAGCAGGGAUUAUAGAACUGUAUCCGAGCCUAUACACCAUAUGUCACAUGAUGACGCGUCUACUGACGUCACACCGGAUAGAGAAGAUGAUGUUAGUAGUAAAGUAAGUCAACCAAUGACACCCAGAACUGUAAAUGACACAAAAAUAGAAAUAUUAUCAAGUGGUAUAAACAGAGAUAAAACCAAACUAUCAAAAGUCAAAGUGAUGUUCAAUGUUUACCAAUCAUCCGCAGAAGAAAGGGACAUAACUCUAACCGUCAGUUACAUUCUGAUGUUUUUGGUGGUGUUGGGUUUGUGGCUGCCGUAUGUGGUGCUGUUAUACUUGGAUAAUGACGAGGGUACUGUUUGGGGUGGCUGGUUCUCUCUCGUCGUGUUAUUGUCCGACAUAUCUUAUUGUAUCAAGCCAGUUGUCUACCUUAGUCACAACCGGGUCCUAAAGAAGGCAGCUAUGGCGUCAUUUCCAGAGUCAGUGAGGAAACGGGCAGCGAAGACACAAGAAGCACUCAAGACAAUCUCGAAGAAACUCGAUAGUUUAGUUUUUAUACGAAUGCCGGAUACCAAAUCGUUAAUAGACAUAGAAAGGGACAGGGUACGCGUAUCACCAACGGUUUAA